AUGCGACUCUUAAGAGUAUCCCCUUUAUUGGCGGUGCUGGCUCGCGAUGUCCUCGCGGCUAAAAAUGGCUACUGUCCGCCUCUGGGACCGGUCCUCCCGGCGCCGACGAGUCCGAGCUCCAACCCGGUAGUCCAGCAAUACGCUGUGGCACUCUUUGACGGCACGACAGUGUCCAUCGGCGUAAAGUCUAUUCACGAAGCAACACCCUUGGUCGAUAUACACUACCAGUCGCCGGAUCUAGAUCCGCGAGGAACGAAGCAAACAAAUGCCUCGACCGUCUAUCGAGUUGGAAGUGUGUCCAAGCUGUUUACGGUGCUGGCGGCUCUCAAGACCGAGGGUGUCCGAAUGGAAGACCCUAUCACCAAGUACCUACCACGACUCAAGGAGCUUGAGAAGCGAGAAAGAAGCACGCAAGAUCAGCUCGCUACUGUUGAUUGGGAAGAUAUUACGCUUCGAGCUCUAGCAUCACACAUGAGUGGAAUUGGACCGGACCUUGUAACCGACAUGACAAGCCUCGAGGCCGACUGGACAAAGCUUGGACUUCCUCAAGCUCGUGAAACUCUUGGCUGCCGUGGUUUCCAAGGCGUUGCCCCUUGUAAUAAAGAAGAUUUCUGGGAAAACUUUGGGAAGCGGGAUCCUACUUUUGCACCAUAUACCACCCCUAUGUAUUCAAAUACGGCUUUCUACUUGCUCAGCUUGGUCAUCGAGUCGAAGAACAUCUUAGAUCCUGUUGGCAUGACAAGGACCUCGUUGGCGAAGACGGACGACAAGCUCGGUGCUAUUUUCCCAAAUUAUACGACAUGGGACGAUAUUCUGGGAAUCGACGAUCCGGCUGGGGGAUUCUACUCGAGCACGGAGGACCUCAUCGCCUUUGGCGAAGCAAUACUAACUUACAAGCUUCUCUCACCAUCGCAAACCCGCCACAAGGCAGGCGACCUCGGCUCGCACCAUGCGAUGUUCAGUCUGAUUCCAGACUACGACCUCGUCGUAAGCGUGCUUAUUACCGGGUCUCGGGCCGGCCCUGGAACUACACAGAUCAUAAGCUCGCUUGUGACGCAACUAUUACUCCCGGCUAUCGAAGACGCUGGCAAGGAAGAUGCUUUGGCUCGGUUCGCGGGUACCUACCGGGACGAGCAGAGAGACUCUAGUAUUACGCUAGCUGUUGAUGAUGAUGGGCCGGGCCUUGGUGUUGCGCAUUGGACGGUUCGCGGCGAGGACGUGCGUGGACAUUGGCUUCGCUAUCUUACCUCUCCAACCGACGAUACCGGGGGAAUUUACGUGUCAAUGCGGCUGUAUCCGUCCGGCCUGAGCACUGGCUCGAGAACGGCGUGGCGGGCGGUAGCUCGGCUCGCAAUGCCGGAGCAGCUUGCUCAGAUGGAGGCGCUCUUGUUCUGGCCGCAGGGUAGCUGUCUGACUUGGGCUUUGACGGAUAGAGCCGUGUACGAGUUCAGUGCGCUCGAGGAGAUUGUUUUCAACUUGGUUGAUACAGAGUCGGGAAGUAACUAUUUAACUUACUGCCGAUAUCCCCUAGAGUAA